AUGGAUCGCGUCAGGGCCAUGAUACCCUAUUUGAGCCGACGUGGCUGCUUCCAAACGAAUUUCUAUCGCGUGCACGUCAUCUACUUCGUCCUGACCAUAAUCCUCUCGUCUGUCAUCAUGUACGGUAGCGGCGUCAACGGUAACAGUGGCGAUGCCGAAGCCCUCUUCAAGCUUCGCUACAUCGACGCCAUCUUCCUUUGUACAAGUGCCAUGACUGCCACAGGUUUGUCCACGGUCAAUCUGAGCGACAUAACGGGCUUCCAGCAGUCCAUCCUCUUUCUUCUUGUUCUACUCGGCAACGUGACCAUCACUGCUCACGCUACAACCUGGCUAAGGCGGCACUUUUUCCGGAAGCAUAUGAAGCACUUUCUCCAACACUCCAAGGCUGCAAGGGAGAUCGUCGAUGGGAUUGGUAGAGAGGAGAGCGGCAAAGUGGCAUCUUUGACCACCGGUGCUAGUCAUUCCACUUCUUCUGGCAUCCAAAAACGACCUCGAGGUGGUGGCACGCACCCAUCACAGACCAGCACGACUCAGAAGCGCAGAAGCCACCACGAGAUCGGUCAUGGUGGACUUCCGUACCCAUGGGAGUGGGAGAUCAGUAGGAAGUUCACUUCGAAGUUCACAAGUUCACAGCUCCAGCCCGUCCGAUCCGAGAACGACCGCACCACCACCUUUCAUUCAAGCCAUCGUUCGACCGAAAAGGUCGCUUCCACUCCCUCAGUGAACGCGAGGCUCAAGAGCUUGGUGGUGUGGAGUACCGAGCGUUAG